AUGAAGGAUAAGAAAAAAAGUGAUGGAGCCCACGAGGCCAUGCUUGCAGAGGGUCAAGCGCCCCAGAUCGUGACACAGAACAAAGAGUCAAGGAAACAAGAUGAGUAUGAGGCUCUACAGAGUUUCCUCCGUAGUAUCAGCUCCACAGCCACGCUCCCACCUUACGUCAAAGGCGAGACUUACUCGUCUACUAAAGGUGUAUUUAAUCAGUGCCUGAUCACAUGUGCGGUAUUAGUGCUAGCAGCGGGCGGCGGACAUCCCAUCGGCUUCUCUGCCGUCGCCUUGCCCCAGCUCAGGAUCGAGAACAGUACCAUGAGGAUAGAUGAAGAAAUGGGUUCGUGGAUAGCUAGUAUCCACUCCGCAGCAACGCCAUUGGGUUCAAUGCUGUCGGGCCCCAUCAUGGAGGCUAUAGGGAGGAAACGCACACUACAGUCAUGUACUCUGCCACUCAUCGUUGGAUGGAUCAUCAUCGGCACGUCCACGCAUCACGCACUGCUGCUACUUGGCAGAAUAGUUUGCGGAUUCGCCGUAGGCAUUAUGGCUGCUCCUUCGCAGGUAUACUUGGGUGAAAUUUCGGAACCAAGGUUGAGAGGAUUGUUAAUAGGAACACCUUUCGUCGCGUAUUCACUCGGCGUGCUGUACGUAUACGCAUUAGGAGGGCAGUUACCUUGGCGAACUGUGGCUCUCCUUUCCAUGGUGCUCCCGGCGCUAGCCUUCGUUGCUUUAUGUUUGUCACCGGAGAGUCCUACGUGGUUGGCGCGCCGAGGCCGCUUUCAUGAAGCCAUGGCGGCGAUGGCACGCUUGCGCGGCGACCCAGAUACUGCGCAACGUGAGCUGCAUGAACUCAUAUCAGCGAGGGAGAAAGAGAAAGCUCGCGGUGAAGAGAAGAUCAAGUUCCUAGCGACAGUGAUCCGCGCACCAGUACUAAAGCCAUUACUACUCAUCAACGCCUUCAAUCUACUGCAAAUAUUGUCUGGAAGCUACGUUGUUAUAUUCUACGCUGUCGACAUAGUAAACGAUGCUGGUGGCUCGCUUAAACCGACUAUGGCCGCAAACGCAACAGCUUUGGUGCGACUGGCUAUGACAGUGCUCGCGUGCGUGCUGUUGCUGAGAGUGACUCGUCGCGCUUUAGUACUCAUAUCGGGUGCAGGGACAGCUAUAUGCACCCUCUCACUUGCCUUCGUCCUCUUUCGAGGCCAAGGAUCUGGCAUCACACCCCCUGCACUGAUUCUGGGCUAUGUAGCUUUUAACACCUUAGGAUUCUUCCUUUUACCCGGACUAAUGAUUGGAGAACUUCUACCAACAAAAGUGCGCGGUCUCUGCGGAGGUUACAUAUUCUGCCUUUUUAAUUCUGUUCUCUUUGGCUUUACGAAACUUUACCCACUUAUGAAAAAUAGUAUAGGUAUAGCGGGGGUUUUCGGCCUUUUUGGUGUUUCUUCUUCUCUAGCGACGAUUGUCCUAUUCCUGUUGCUACCAGAGACGAAAGGCAAAUCUCUCCUCCAAAUAGAACAGUAUUAUCAAAGAUCUAAUAUCCUUUGGAUAUCUCGUAAAAAGCCUCAAGCAGUUACCCAAAGGGUUUGA